AUGUCUUUCUUUAGAUCAAUUAUUAAUAAUGCAUUGAAAUCAACUUCUAAACAUAUUACAACUAAUUCAGCUACUAAUACUGUAAGUGGAGCUACCAAAUCAUCAAUUACAGUUUAUCAUAAUACAAAUUCAUUAUUAUCACAUAAUUUAUUAAGUAGAUUAUCAUNACUAAUUCAACUACUAAUACUUUUAUUACCAUGUACUAAACAUAAACAAGAUGAUUUAUCUACACCUUCUUUAACUACCAAAUUUGAUAUUGAUGUUAAAUUUAAUCAACAAUUAUCCAUGAAUGAUUCUAAAUUUAUUAAUGAUCAAUGUAUUGAUAUUCAUCCAAAUAAUAAUUCAAUCUUGAAUCAAUUGAAGGAUAAAAACCAAAACUUCCCAUUAAUCAUUGAUUAUAAUAAUAAACUUGUUGCUAAUGAUGAAGAAUCAUUUAAUAGAAUAAUGAUGAAUUAUUUAUCUUGUGGUAUUCAACACGCUGAUAAAGCUGAACUUCCAUAUCGGCUACAAUACAAUUCCAACAACAAGAAUAAAGUAGAUGAAAUUCCUCAACCUGAUUUGGUUCAUCCACAUGUUGCUGAAUUUGCUGAUUUAUUUUAG